UAAUUACCUUGGUUGAAUUUAAAAAUCCCCAACUCAGACUCAGACUCCAGUUAAUUCAUUUCUCAGUGUACAUGUAACACCAGAGGACAGAGAAUGAAGGAAAUACCACUGUCUGUCAUUAUUGUACUACACAUCUGGUCCUACGGUGUUAAAGCUCAAGAAUCUGGAAAAGGCUGCCAAAGACCCCAACUGGACAAUGGCUUUGUUGACCCGGAGCAGAACAUGUACCAGGAUGGCAUGACUUUGACUUAUGCCUGUGAUAAAGGUCUGAAAACACCAAUGGAAGGCUGGUGGGGGAUGAUUACAUGUGAGAAUGGUAGAUGGUCUGAUACUCCUCUGUGUACGGCCAGUCGUUCUUGUGAUGCACCUCCUCAAGUGAACCAUGCAACCGUUGUUCAACAAUAUCAAAACAACUUUAGUAAUGGAUCAAAAGUGGUGUAUAAAUGUAAAAGAUCCUACAUAAUGGAAGGGAAUGCAGAUGUAGUCUGCCUUUUAGGAGAAUGGACCUCAGCCCCCACAUGCAGUCAUGAGGCCUUACGGAAGUGUAGGGACAACGAGUUUCAGUGCAGUAACAGAAGGUGUAUACCGACCAUCUGGAGGUGCGACAAAGAUGACGACUGCUCAGACAACAGCGACGAGGAAAACUGUGAAUAUGAACUACCAUGUCAUCCCAUUCAGGUUAUGAAAAUGUAGAUCCAUAAUGGGUUGUUCAUGAUGAAGAUGUGACUUACCGAAAGACCCGAGGAUGGAUAAUGCCUUGUCCAGUUGUUCACAUAUUACAACAUGUGUGUAUUUUCUUAACAGGGCUAGGAACAGCAAAUCACCCGAAGAGAGAAAACGAAAAAUAGAUUGUUUAGGAUAAAACUGAUAAAUGUAGCUUUUACAUUUGGGUCAUGAUAUAGAAAAUGAUUUACAGCACAAGAGGUUCAAAAUUCAAGAGGCACUCGCACAUCUAAGCAGUAUCUUUUUGCAGGUGCAUGGUAACAGUUGAACAAGAUGAAGGAAAAAGGAAA